ACUGACAACUCUACCCAAAUCGCAAUCGCGUACCUCUAUUUUCUUUCGUGUUUCUUCUUCUUUACCACCGUAUUUUCUCCGUCGUCGCGUUCUCGCCGUGCCUAGCCUCGCAUCGCCGGCUGUCGCCGUGCCUCACCUCGCCCUGCCAUCUCCGUGCCUCGCCGUCGUGCUUGGGUAGCGUCUCAUCACCUGGUUUUCCUUCCAAUUUUUUAGAAAGAUGGGAGAGAGGAAGGUUUUGAACAAGUAUUACCCUCCGGACUUUGAUCCCUCCAAGCUUCCCAGAGCCAGAAGGCCUAAGAACCAGCAGAUUAAAGUUCGCAUGAUGCUUCCCAUGAGCAUUCGAUGUAAUACUUGUGGCAAUUACAUCUACAAGGGCACCAAGUUCAAUUCCAGAAAAGAAGAUGUUAUUGGCGAGACGUAUCUUGGAAUUCAAAUAUUCAGAUUCUAUUUCAAAUGCACCAAAUGUUCAGCUGAAGUUACCAUGAAGACUGAUCCGCAAAAUUCAGAUUAUAUUGUUGAAUCCGGUGCAACCAGAAAUUUUGAGCCUUGGCGUGCAGAAGAUGAAGAAGCUGAUAAAAUGAAGCAGAAGAGGGAUGCUGAAGAGAUGGGAGAUGCUAUGAAAUCAUUGGAAAAUAGAACCUUGGAUUCUAAAAGGGAGAUGGACAUCCUAGCUGCAUUGGAUGAGAUGAAGUCAAUGAAGUCUAGGCAUGCAACUGUUUCUGUUGAUGAAAUGUUGGAGGCUCUGCAGCGUACAGCAGCUGAUAAGGAGAAGAGGCUGGAAGAAGAAGAUGAAGCAAUGAUAAAAUCGGUUGUCUUCCAUAAUUCAGGAGGUUAUGUCAAAAGAAUUCGUGAUGAAGAUAUUGAAGCCGAAGAGCAGUUAGAUCCGCUUUCACAUGGACAUGGUGAAACAAGUUAUAAUAUGAAGAAGCAAAAGAUGUCUGAAGAUCAUCCAAGCAAACCAACUGACUCUCUUACAAAAGCUACUUUGGAUGGCAAACAAGAAAGCGAACGAAAUGGUGGAAAACUUAAUUCUUUGGUGAGAAUUUCUAUCACCAAGAAAUCAGAUGUUAAAAGUCCUGGAGAACCAGAACCAGAGAAAAAGGAUAUUAGAACAAAUACUGGAUUACAAUCUUUGUGUCAAAAUUAUGGAAGUGACGAGGAUGAGGAUUAGGUCAUAAAUAUUGAAGUACUAUUUGAACCAUUGCACUUAUUUGUACCAUUGCUCUUAUUUCUGAUUGUUUAGUUGUAUUAGUGAUGGAUUGUGAUUCUUCCGAAAGCUAAAAUAUUGUGAUACUUGGUUUC